AUGAUAAGUAAUUUAUUUUCUGUUUUCGAUCCUUCAACAACUAUUUUUAAUUUUUCUUUAAAUUGAAUAAGAGUUUUAAUUGGAUUAUUAUUUAUCCCCUCUAUAUUUUGAAGAUCUCCUUCCCGAUAUCAAAUUAUUUGAAAUAAAAUUAUACUAACUUUAAAUAAUGAAUUUAACUCUCUAUUAGGUAAUAAAAAACACCUAGGAAGAACUUUUUUAUUUAUUUCCCUUUUUUCUUUUAUUUUAUUUAAUAAUCUUCUUGGUCUUUUCCCAUAUAUUUUUACCUCAACAAGUCAUUUAAUCUUAACACUAACUUUAGCCCUACCUCUUUGAUUAAGAUUUAUACUAUUUGGUUGAAUUAACCACACCCAACAUAUAUUCUCCCAUUUAGUUCCUCAAGGAACCCCUUCCAUUUUAAUACCUUUCAUAGUAAUUAUUGAAUCAAUUAGAAAUAUAAUUCGACCAGGAACCUUAGCUAUUCGAUUAAUAGCAAAUAUAAUUGCAGGUCAUCUAUUAAUAACCCUCUUAGGUAAUACUGGACCUACAAUGCCUAUUAUUAUAAUUUCUUUAUUACUAAUCGUUCAAAUUGCUUUAUUAACAUUAGAAACAGCUGUAUCAAUAAUUCAAUCCUAUGUUUUUGCUGUUUUAAGUACUCUUUACUCUAGAGAAGUAAUUUAAUGACAACUCAUGCAAAUCACCCAUUUCAUUUAGUUGAUUAUAGCCCAUGACCACUAACUGGAGCAAUUGGAGCAAUAACUUUAGUAUCAGGAUUAAUUAUAUGAUUUCAUCAAUAUAGUUUAAUUUUAUUUAUUUUAGGUAAUAUUAUCACACUAUUAACAAUAUUUCAAUGAUGACGAGAUAUUACUCGAGAAGGUACAUUUCAAGGCCUUCACUCAAUCCCUGUAACAUUAGGAUUACGAUGAGGAAUAAUCUUAUUUAUUAUUUCUGAAAUUUUUUUCUUUAUUUCUUUUUUUUGAGCCUUUUUUCAUAGUAGACUAUCUCCUACAAUUGAACUUGGAUCAAAGUGACCUCCCUUAGGUAUUAAUCCUUUUAAUGCUUUCCAAAUUCCCCUCUUAAAUACAGCUAUCCUCCUUGCUUCUGGUGUAACUGUAACUUGAGCUCACCAUAGCCUACUAUCAAAAAUACAUUCACAAACUUUCCAAAGAUUAAUAUUAACAAUCAUUUUAGGUAUUUAUUUUACAUCCUUACAAGCCUAUGAAUACCUUGAAGCCCCUUUCACAAUUGCUGAUAAUAUUUAUGGAUCAACAUUUUUUAUAGCAACCGGAUUUCAUGGUCUUCAUGUUCUUAUUGGAACUACAUUUUUAUGUAUCUGUCUAAUUCGUCAUCAACAAAAUCAUUUUUCAAAAAACCAUCAUUUUGGGUUUGAAGCUGCUGCUUGAUACUGACAUUUUGUUGAUAUUGUUUGAUUAUUCCUUUACAUCUCAAUUUAUUGAUGAGGAAACUAAUAAUUA